AUGGGUGAAAAACUGUCCCCCUCACUGGCCGCGCCCUCCGAUGUGCCGAAGGAGCAGAAGGUGAAACAGCGGCGCAAUAGCAAGGAAGAGAAGCAAUCCAAGUCGGCCUCAUCGAAAAAGUCCACCCUGACGUUGCACGCGUCGGAAGAUCGUGGCCGGAAAACCGUCCUAACCGCGUACGUCCUCUGGCUGUUCGGGGGCAUCUUCGGGGUGCACCAUUUCUACCUGCGCCAGGAUCGCCGGGCGUUCGUUUGGUGGAGCACCCUCGGGUACUUCGGCAUCGGUUGGAUCGCCGAGGUGCUGCAGAUACCGGCGAUGGUCCGGGACGCGAACGACGAUCCGCAGUUCGUGCAGGAGUUCAACAAGCAGCUGCGCACGAACCGGAAGCCACCGUUCUCGACCGGCCGCUUCCUGCUCGCGAUCAUGAUCGGCUACUGGUGGGGCCAGAUGGUGAUGAUCGCCAUCCCGCAGGCCGUGUUCUUCGGCGUUGACUGGGGCUUCCUGCACUGGCUCAUUCCGUUCGGCGUGGCGUUGGGCGUCUGGACGGUGGGCAAUAUGGGUCGAGAGAAGGGAGUGUUCUGGCACUGCCUGGUGGUUUCCUACCUGUCCUACCUGUCGCGGUACUUCGUCAUGGACGAAGCGUACUGGUUCACGGGUAUGGCCUUCUGCAGUGCGUUCGCGUUCGAUCACUUUUCGAAGGAAUGGAACCUGGAGGUGCCGAAGAAAAAGCGACUGUCGAAACGUCUGGUUACGCUGACGGCGGCCGCAGUCAUCUACCUUUCGCUGUGGGGUUGCUUCAUCUACUUCAACGGCACGAUCACCGACAGCGAGGGCGACGAGGUGCCGGUCCACGAAGCCCUGUACAACUUCCUCAAGUCGCCCUGGUGGACCGACCUGAAGCAAACGCUCUACGAUACGCUGCAGUUCGCGAAGCACCACGGCUGGGCGGAGGUUUGGAAGCAAAUCAUCGACUCGAUGGACGCCGACGGGGAGCAGAACGCGUACAAGGUGCUCGGUAUCAGUGCGACCGCCUCGCAGAACGAGAUCAACACGCUGUGCCGCAACCUCUCGAAGGAGUCGCACCCGGACAAGGUGAAGGACGAAACCAAGCGCCGGGCGGCGGAGGAACGCUUCAUGGAGAUCCAGCAGGCGUGCGAGGUGCUGAGCAAGACGCGAAGGAAGCGCCGCCAGCGAAACAAGAAGUCCGACGAACUGUAAAAUCCAAAGGCGCAUUCACUGGAAACGGAGCGCACGGUUCCAGAUGUAAAUAGUUUCGAAUUCCGCCCUUCCA